AUGCGCCUCGCCGCGCCGCCGCUGCUGCUGCUGCUACUCCUCGCCGCGGCCCUCGCCGCCUUCGAAGCCGAAGACAACAGCGACCUCAAUAACGACACACCCUCCGGCUCCAACGACACCCUAUCCGACUUUAAUGAUGCCAGCAACGACACCUUACUUGAAACGGACGGCGACCACGACCCCGUGGUUCGUAAGAAACGGACAUUCGGCGACAUAGUGUUCCGCGGGCUAGCUGACGUGUUGGGGUAUAAUGUACAGCGGAAACCACCGGCGGUUGCAUUUCCGCCCCCGUUGGCGCCAGUGCCCGGGAUAGACGCGCCGGUGCAGGCCGCUGCUACAGCUGCUCCCGCCGUGGCGGCUCCGGCUCCUGCUGCUCCUCCUCCAUGUGGAGCUCCUCGGGCUGCAGGUCCACCGCCAUGCCGUGCGCAAAGACCUCCACCACCACCACCACCACCGCCGAAGCCUAGAACCGUCCCACCCUGUCCUAGGCCCAGAGCGGCUCCAAAGCCAAAACCACGUCCUCCUCCACCACCACCGCCGCCACCACCUCCACCACCGCCACCUCCACCAUGUGCGCGGCCUCGUGCCAAUCCGACCACUCCAUCACCAUGUGCACCGGCUCCGAAAUCACCGCCGCCGCCACCACCACCAAAAGCAGCCGAUUCCAACCUUGAGACGAUCACAUCAAACUUCCGUCUUAAUUUCAAUUUCAACAGAAGUCCCGCCACACCCACACCCGUUGUUGCAGAGGCUGAAGAAGAAGCGGAGCCGGAACCCGAACAGGAAGAAGCCGCACCCCUUGAGCCACUCGUACCGAUCGCCAUUCAACCUCAAGCGGCCAGAUUACCUCAAGAAGAGCCUCGCAAGCCGCGCGUCUACGUAGAUGCAUUCUUGGUCCGCAACGGCAUAGCUCGCCGAGUGGACACUGUCGAUGCGAACCAGUUCGAUCCCCAGCGAGCCGCCGAUGAAGAUUACACCGCGUACGCCGACGAGAGCGAACAACAGCAAGACGACGACUACGAAGACGUGCAAGAGUCGCGCGACCGAGCGAAGGCUGUCGCAGAGUUCGGGACCGCAGUCGACCGUUUCUGGGAAAAGAAAAGGCAACAGCGAAAACCACAGGCUCAGAUACUACCCGAGAACCAUUACCAAAACGUCCACUUUGGUGACCGCGACGUUGGAGGACAGGUUCGUCUGCAGAGUUUACAACGAGAGCGCCCCAAGUCAAACCGAAUUCCUCUCCCACUGCCCGAGACGGAGGAUGACGCCGAAUCUACUACGACCACUGAAGAUCCAAAGAAAUCCCUAAGACCGCGCGUGUUGCCUCCCACUGAACACAAUCCAAAUCAAAUCGACACCGUCACAGUACGCGUUCCACCGAUCUACAAGGAAAAACGUCCCAAAAAAUUGCAUCGCGUACCGUCCGAAUCAGCUGAAAGAGAAAGCGAAGAAAAUGAUGAUAAUUCUGAUUUUAUUGUGAACAAUGAUGAGAACGAUACAAACGGCGAGGACAGCUGGCUGGAGCCGCGCACCGAGCCGCCCACGAAACGUAAGCGCAGACGCCGCAAGCAGAACCGUAAAACACGUUCUGUAGAAGAGCACGAUGCCUAUUCAGCCGGAGACUACGACUACUACGGCAAAAAGAUCCCAGUUUCAGACGAAGAAAAGCUCUACAUGGAACUGACGAUACCCCCGCCGACCAAAUACGCAGAUCUCGCCCGCCUCGAAGCCCCAGAGGACGAACACUUUUUAGACGAUCACGAGCGACAGCGAGAAGACCUUGAAAGGAUUAAAGAAUUCAACAGAGACGACGACAGCGGACGAGCUGAUGAUUCGGGGAGGGCGGACAGCUCUGAGCGCUCUGACGAGAGCGAGCGUUCCACCGUCGACGGGGAACGCGCCAGCGACAAGGGGCGCGCCGACGAGAGGGAGCGCUCCGACAAGCUGAGCCCCAACGCCUUGGUGCACGAGACCGGCUACCAAAACAACUACGUGCACGCCACCAACGUGCAAGUGGAGGACCCCCAGCCCGACGUCGCCACGCUGCGCAGGAAAACCGUGAGGCAUGGGAAGCCCUGA